GUGCCGCCUGGCGGCUCCUCCUCUUCCCUUUCCCGCCUGCCCCUCCCUCGCCUCCAGAGCCAAAGGGAAGCCGCGGCCCGGCCUGGCUUGUCUUCAGUCCUCCUUUUCGAAGGACAGGCAGGAUGGUGCUUCCCGACGAGGAGCGCGACGUGGUUGGCGGCGGCCUGCUCCUCUUCCGAGCCCCGGCGGAGCAGGCGCGGGAGGCGCAUGUCCCCUCCUUGGAAAAGUACCGGGAGCUUUACCGCCGCUCUGUGGAGGAGCCCCAGGAAUUUUGGAGUGAAAUUGCCAAAGACUUUCACUGGAGAAACCAACACAAUGGACCGUUUCUGCAGUACAACUUUGAUGUCACCAAAGGGAAAAUCUUUGUUGAAUGGAUGAAAGGGGCUACAACCAACAUCUGCUACAAUCUGUUGGACAGAAAUGUCUAUGAGAAAAAACUUGGAGACAAAAUAGCUUUCUACUGGGAGGGAAAUGAACCAGGCGAUUCCAUGAAGAUCACAUACAGUGAGCUGCUCAGUAAGGUCUGCCAGUUUGCCAAUGUUCUUCAGGAACAAGGUGUGAAGAAAGGAGACAGAGUCUCUAUCUACAUGCCAAUGAUCAUUGAGCUGGUGGUGGCCAUGCUGGCAUGUGCCAGAAUUGGAGCAAUUCAUUCCAUUGUGUUUGCAGGUUUCUCAGCAGAAUCCCUUUGUGAGAGGAUCCUUGAUUCCCACUGCUCCCUUCUCAUCACUGCAGAUGCCUUUUAUAGAGGUGAUAAGCUGAUUAACCUGAAGCAAAUAGCAGACGAUGCCUUGCAGAAAUGUAGAGACAAGGACCACCCUUUGCGAAGAUGCAUUGUGGUCAAGCAUAUAGGAAGAGAGGAACUGGUACAAGAUGGGCCAAGCAGCAAGUCCCCACCACUAAAAAGACUCUGCCAGAGUGUGCAGGAGAAAAAGACUGAGAGCUCAAAGAAAGCCCAUCCGAAGGUACCUUGGGAUCCAGAAGUUGAUGUUUGGUGGCAUGAUGUUAUUAAAAAUACUAGCAAGGAGUGUGAUCCUGUCUGGUGUGAUGCAGAAGAUGAAUUAUUUAUUCUCUACACCAGUGGGUCAACUGGGAAACCCAAGGGUGUUGUACAUACAAUAGGUGGAUAUAUGAUUUUCACUGCUGCUACCUUUAAAUAUGUGUUCGAUUACCAUCCAGAGGACAUUUACUGGUGCACAGCUGACAUUGGAUGGAUCACCGGCCAUUCCUAUCUCACAUAUGGGCCUUUGGCAAAUGGAGCAACCAGUGUCUUAUUUGAAGGACUUCCCAUUUACCCAGACGUUGGCCGUAUGUGGAACAUCAUUGACAAAUACAAGGUGACCAAGUUCUACACAGCACCCACUGCCAUCCGACUCCUCAUGAAGUAUGGAGAUGAGCCUGUUAAGAAAUACAGCAGGAAGUCCUUGAAGGUGCUAGGAACAGUCGGGGAGCCCAUAAACCCUGAAGCCUGGCUCUGGUACUACAAGGUGGUUGGUGAAGAGCGAUGUCCUAUCGUGGAUACCUUCUGGCAGACAGAGACGGGUGGCCAUGUGUUGACUCCACUCCCUUUUGCCACACCAAUGAAGCCAGGCUCAGCUACGUUUCCCUUCUUCGGAGUGGUCCCUGCAGUGCUGGAUGAGUCUGGAGAGGAGCUGGAAGGAGAAGCCGAAGGUUACCUGGUUUUUAAGCAACCUUGGCCAGGAAUAAUGCGCACAGUGUACAGAAACCACCAGCGGUUCGAAACCACUUACUUCAAAAAGUUCCCUGGUUACUAUGUGACAGGAGAUGGCUGCAAGAGAGAUAAAGAUGGUUAUUACUGGAUCACAGGUCGAAUUGAUGACAUGCUGAAUGUUUCUGGGCACUUGCUGAGCACGGCGGAGGUGGAGUCUGCCUUGGUGGAGCACUCCGCUAUCUCGGAGGCAGCCGUGGUGAGCCACCCACAUCCAGUGAAGGGAGAGUGCCUGUAUUGUUUUGUAACACUAAGGGAUGGUCAUGAUUUCACAAAGACUUUGAUGGAUGAGCUGAAGAAACAAGUUAGAGAAAAAAUUGGACCUAUUGCAACUCCAGAUUAUAUUCAGAAUGCUCCUGGACUGCCCAAAACCCGCUCAGGUAAAAUUAUGCGGCGAGUAUUAAGAAAGAUAGCAAAAAAUGACCGGGACCUGGGAGAUACCUCAACUGUGGCAGACCCAGCUGUUAUAAACCACCUUUUCAGCAACAGAUGUGAGACAAUAAUGUAGCUGGACUAUCCUGAAAAACAACAGCAGCAGUGCAAGAACUGGAGAGAAGAUGGUCCCAUCCAGACAAAGACUGAUUGUCCCUUGAGAGGAGAACUGCCCUUUGCUGAGCUGAAUGUAAAAAAUGCUGUUGAUGAAGAGAAGAAACUGGUGCUCCGAGAUCCAGUCCUCUUGUGUUGUAGAUAUAGCUGUCUGUGCCUCUGGAAAAACGUGUACAUUAUGUUGUAGACCGAUUCUGCGUAUUUGAAAUUCCAGCCUCAUUCGGUUUAUACAGAAUGAAAACAUUUUAUUUUUCAUGAGUUUGUUUCAUGGAUUUUCUAUUUUAUUUUUAUUUUUUUCCAAUGUACGACAAUGGUUAGCAUUUAUAAUACAUAGGUAGUGGCUUCUGAGCAGUCAUUACAAGCCUUCAAAAGGUUUUGAAAAUGAGCAGACUGAGCAGUAAUCCUCAUGUUGAGGUAGAAUUAUUGAAAUACAUCUUUUUAACAAUCCAGCAUUCAUCAUAUAUAUUUAAGUCUGCAUAUUAUUUUGGCUUUGUAUUAUGGGAAAUGGGAAAGUUUUUUAGGGAAAUGGGCAGCUCCACUUAUAUACAGUUACUUUUCCAUGUCAUCUGUACUGCACGUUAGGCUUGAAAUUGCUGUUAGUGGUGAUAAUUUACAUCCUAAAAAGGAGUAAUUGUACCCAUGUAUUUCAGCUGUCUUAACAUGUCCGUGUAUGUACAUGAUUCACAGCUAAAUUGUCAUGUACAUGAUUCUCUAGAGAAAAAACUGUGAUCGGUGCCCAGAUAUUCCAGAGGGAGGUUUUUAAUUUGCUCUGCUGGCUUACUGCAAUGCCAAUAUCUUAAAUUUAGGUAGGGAGAGGGUUUCUUUUGAUAUGUUCAAUGGUUGAAAAGUGAGUGCUAUCGAUAAUAAAGGAAAGUGGCACCCAACUAUUAAGUUAACUCAAUUCUUUAAUCAUAUUUGUCACAUAAAAUAAAUGCUCUGGGUGAUUCCCAUCUUUGGUUGUGGUGGCCAGAAAAAGUGUGGCUUCCAUAGGGAAAAUGGCUUUUCGUUAUAUAUUUAAUUGACUUGUGUUGUUUUUUCCAUCUAAUCAUGGACAUCUGUGUGACCAAAAAUGAACUAUGGCUCUUAUGGAGGGUAAAAAAUAAUGUGACUGGCCUACAGACUAUUGUGCUGAGGUCUUUUCUCACAUUCAGAUGAAUUCAUUGUUCAUAACUGAAGUGAUUGUAACUAAAUAAAUUCAACUGUUUCAAGGCAUUCUUCACUGCAGCAGCAAAGGAUCAGAUGUAGGUGGACAUCAUGUUGGGUAUCUAAUAGUGGGGAAACUUUCGAACAUGUUUGGAUUCCACAACCAAAUAAAAAUAAACAUUUUUCUCAAUUCUAGUACAUUUUUUUCAGGGCUGCUGGCCUGGAAAUGUUUCUCUGUACAUUUUGUAUUAAAAUCAACUUAUCUUUGUCAUUACCAACAUUUUUUGAAAAUGGGUACUAUAUUUGGCAUUAGUGUCCAUGCUGUGGUGUCCCAAGAUACCUUUGUCCAUAUGACUGUUUGUGAAUUGGGAAUAUUUAAAAGUAAUGCCCCUUAGACCAUAUCUUUGGCAUUGUCUCAAGGCUAAACAUCUCUCAUUUCUUACGUGCUGUUAGAAUUUGAAAUGCACUUGUGUGUGGUCUGCAACAUUGGUGUAUAUUUAACCUAACGUCCUACAGCAUUACACGUAGGCCGGUGGCUUGCUAUGUGCUGUUAACAGGAAAUCCUACUUUUAAUUUUGGUCUGACAUAAUAUUGGUUCAGAAAUGGCUAGAAAUCUGUUUUUAAUUGAAACAAAUCAAAGAAAUAAAACCUAUAAACCAACA